GACACAUUGCGACGGCGGCAAAGUUGUCGUGGAGCAGCUGAGCAAGGUUACCUUGGUGGGCAGUCCCCAUGUUUGGGGUCACAAUUGCGUUGCAAAGGCCCCACUUUGGGAGUUUCAACACGGUCUGGUGAGGAUUCGCCUUCGAGAAAAAAUUCAAACUCGCCAGUUAAUGCUGUCUCCAGGUGGCGUACCCACAGGAACGCUAUGCUGGCUGUCAAAGAUGAG